AUGACCAACGAAAUCACCCACUUUGCGACCAUUUUCACUCCAGAGGGCCAUUUUGAUAAUUCUGACGGUGCACCGUGGCAGCGCGUCCUCCUUACAAUGUGUUUUUUGGGCAGGCUCCCAAGGCAGACAAUUCAGCGAACAAAAAUUCCUGUCCAUAUUUCAGUUGCUAUUGCCGAAGAAUAUGGGCCAUUUACCUCCCUGGUUAUGGAAGCUAUAUCAGUGGAUCUUUGCUCUACUCAUUUGAAUUCACCAUUAAUGGAUGAUAUCUUACUUUGCGCAGUCAACUCCCAGUCAAGCCAACGACAAUACUUCCCCCAAGAGGAUGUCAGUAUCCCAUUUCUCCCACUUCGAGGAACCUUCGACUAUGCUAAUCCGAUGGAAUUGGCCCGUGCUAUCGAAGGAUAUCAAAGGAUGGUUGGUGACCGAAGCAAAUGGCCAAUGUGGGACCCUCGCGUUCCUUUGGAGGGGACAUUUAUUCAGGAGUGGUUGGGACAGUCAAGUGAUAUUGACGCCAUGCAACUAUGGGGGAAUCAUUCUCUCCUGACUCUACUCAGUGACCUGUCACUUCUGUUUCUAUUAGUCUGCAUUCAUUGUUUUAUGCUUCCGAGUCAGCGUGAUUCUGCCGCGGAGACGCUUUUCAUCGCCCAAGAUUGUGAUCUAGAUAGUCCAUCUGUUGGUGCUGUCUUGGAUGCAGCGCAAUACGUACUGAUAGAUGUGGGAUCAGCCAUACAGGCCGCUUAG